AUGCAGCUGUUGGUGGGGUGGUGGCUCGUGUUCUGUCUGGUCAUGACAACUUGCUACAGUUCCUCCCUGAUCGCCCACAUGACCGUCCAAGGCAAGACCCGGCCCAUCGAGACCUUAGAAGACCUGGCCAAUCAGAAGAGCUGGAAGUGGGCUACCGAACCCUGGCUCCUUAAAGGAGUACCGUUUGAAUAUUUUUCCAAGCAUGAUGACCCACUUGUGAAGAAAAUAUUCAAGAAUUGGGAGGUGGAGGAAGCGGACAGGGCGCUCCAGAAGGUCCUGGGCGGCCGCUACACAUUGAUUGACUUCGAGAACUACGUGAGCAUCAUGGUGGCCUCCCGCUACACGGACCACCAUGGAAACACGCCCUUCUUCAUUAGCAAGAAAGGUUUCUCUGUAAUGGCUGCUUUUGGAUGGGGCUUCAGGAAAGGUGCGCCAUUCUACCCUCGUUUUCUUCAGCUGUUAUCCAGACUGGAAGAUGCUGGUAUCAUAAGUUUCUGGAUUAAAGACGUGAUAGCGAGGCGUGUGAGGGAGAACAGAGCGAGAGAAGCACUAGGCUCGCCUGCUGUUGUCGGAGACCCAUCACUGGACGACCAGAGCCACAUUGCGCUAGGGAUGCAACACGUGCAGGGCGCCUUCUACUUAUUGUUUUUGGGAUUUGGUAUCGCGUUCCUCACCCUGCUGGGGGAGAACCUCGCGCACCGCUGCUCGUCGCCUCAGCAGCACUCUUCCCAGCAUCACCAGACCAGAAGCCAGGAAUGA